GCCCUCCCCGCCCCUUACAGCAGGCAUGAUGGCGGAAAUACUGUAAUAGACUUCGGGACGAGCAGGAUUAGUUCAUUAGCCGUGCUCGAUUAUCCAUUGUAAAUAGUUAUUUAUUCAUUGAGAGAAAUAUUUGGGGGUUUCCCACCACCACAACGCCAUGACACGCUGGGUUCCCACAAAGAAAGAGAAGUACGGCGUGGCAAUCUACAAUUAUGAUCCCGUUGGUGAACUGGAGCUGUGUUUACAGGUUGGGGACACUGUGCACAUACUGGAGAAAUUGGAAGGCUGGUAUCGGGGAUACACACUAAGAGAGAAAUCACAUAAGGGAAUUUUUCCAUCCUCAUAUAUUCACUUAAAGGAGGCUUCAGUUGAGGGAAUAGGCCAGCAGGAAAUAAUUAUUCCAGCAGAUUUACCACUGGUGCAGGAGCUCGGAGCUACUCUGAGGGAAUGGGCACAGAUAUGGCACAAGCUCUUUGUGGCGAACAAAGCCUCCCUGUUCAGGAGUGUUCAGCAGAUGGCCUACAGCCUGAUGGAAUAUCGAUCACAGAUAGUGUCUGGAACACUACCCAAGGAUGACCUUGUAGAACUAAAAAAAAAAGUAACUGCUAAGAUUGACUAUGGAAACCGGAUUUUGGGCUUGGAUCUGGUUGUGCGAGAUGAAGCAGGAAACACACUGAAUCCUGACUUUACAAGCACUGUCAGUCUGUUCCGUGCACACGAGACUGCAUCCCGUAGCGUUGAUGACAGGAUACAAGAGGAGAAGACACGGUUACAAAAUCUGGAAAGGAGGCGCCAGGCUCUGUUUAGUUCUGUUCACACCUACAGCCUCCUCAUGAACCUGAAAAACUUCGUAUGCAACAUUGGAGAAGAUGCUGAGCUGCUCAUGUCUCUUUAUGACCCAGAUCAGUCAGAAUUUAUCAGUGAGAACUUCCUGGUGCGGUGGGACAGUAUGGGGAUGCCUAAAGAAAUUGAAAAACUCAACAACCUGCCAGCACUCUUCACGGAGCUGAGCAGAAGUGACCUGAUGAGGCAGCGUCUCUUCCUGGUGUGUCAGAUCAUCAGAGUGGGAAGCAUGGAGCUCAAAGAGGGGAAGAAACAAACAGGUGGACUAAGGAGACCAUUUGGUGUGGCUGUGAUGGACAUAACUGAUAUUGCUCAUGGCAAAACAGACGAUGAGGACAAACAGCAUUUCAUUCCUUUUCAGCAGAUAGCAAUGGAGACCUACAUCCGUCAGAGGCAGCUCAUCAUGUCUCCCCUCAUCCCAUCUCGAGUCAUAGGCGAGAAUGAGCCACUCACUGCUGUUUUCAACAAAGUCAUCGCCACGAGGGAGGUCAAUCACAAAGGCCAGGGGUUGUUUGUGACCCUCAAGCUGCUCCCAGGGGAUCUUGCACAGGUCAGAAAGGACUACCCACACUUUGUGGACCGUAGCACAGCCAUCGUCAGAAAAAUGGGCUUUCCAGAAAUCAUCCUCCCAGGUAAUGUGAGGAAUGAUAUUUAUGUAACAUUGCUGCAGGGAGAGUUUGACCGUGGUAAAAAGAAGACACCUAAGAAUGUGGAGGUCAUACUGAGUGUGCAUGAUGAUGAAGGCAAUCCCAUGGAGAAGGCAAUAUUUCCUGGGGCUGGUUACGAUGGUAUCACAGAGUACAAGUCUGUCAUAUACUACCAGGUGAAGCAACCGUGUUGGAAUGAAACAGUGAAGGUGACAAUUCCCAUUGAAGAUGUAUGCCGCUGUCACCUGAGGGUGAUGUUUCGACAUAGAUCCUCCCAGGACUCUAGGGACAAAUCAGAAAAACCCUUUGGUAUGGCCUUCGUCCGCCUAAUGAGAGGAGAUGGGACAACACUCAGGGAUGGAAGGCAUGAACCUAUUGUUUAUAAGGUUGAUGUGAAAAGGGCAGAUGAUGCAAAGGUGUAUCUGACCUUGCCAGGGACCUGGGCUGAAGUGGAGGAGAAGGAGAAACAAACAGGGAAGCAGUUCCACCAUUCAGGAGUGAUUCCUGUCACGAAGGACAGCUUUCAGAUUUCCACGCUUACUUGCUCCACUAAGCUCACACAGAACGUUGAUCUACUCGGCCUGUUGAACUGGAGGUCGAACCCAGAUGAUCUUGACCAGAUCCUGCAAAGGCUGAUGGAGGUCGAAGGUGGCGAGAUAGUUAAAUUUCUCCAGGAUACUCUUGAUGCUCUGUUCAACAUCAUGAUGGAGACUUCAGAAAAGGACACCUAUGACACACUGGUGUUCAAUGCCUUGGUUUUUAUUAUCAUGCUGAUUGGUGACAUCAAAUUCCAGCACUUUAACCCAGUCCUUGAAACCUACAUAAACAAGCACUUUAGUGCCACUUUGGCUUACAUGAAGCUUACCAAGGUGCUCAACCACUAUGUGGGCCACGCGGAGGAGCCUGCUCUCACUGAGAAGCUCUAUGCGGCACUCAAGGCUCUCAAGUAUUUGUUCAGAUUUAUUGUCCAGUCUCGGAUCCUCUAUCUGAGGUUCUAUGGAAACAGUGAAGAUGGGGACGCUUUCUUCAACUCAAUUCGCUCUCUGUUCCUGUCUUUCAACACUCUCAUGGACAGACCACUUGAUGAGGGAGUGAAAAUAAAGGGGGCGAUAUUGAAAUACCUCCCUGGCAUCAUUAAUGAUAUCCAGACUGUCUUUGAUCCUGUCGAGUUAAGCAUUUUGCUGGCGAAGUUUAUUGAGAGCAUUCCCGACUCACAGCUUGUGCGUCAGAAGCUGGGCUGCAUGUGCAAAAUGGUGGAGAGUGACCUUUUCACGCAGCCAGAUUGUCGGGAUGUGCUUCUGCCACUUGUCAACGACCAGCUGAGUGGGCAGCUGGAUGAUCACUCCAGUAAACCUGACUACGAGGCCUGUGUCCAACUGCUUAGCACUGUGUUGGACAUCGUGGCUCGCAAGGAUGUGGGUCCAACCAGGGGGAACAUUCAGCUGAUAAUGGAGCGCCUACUUCGCAGGGUUAAUCGCACUGUCAUAGGCAUGGACAGAUCGUCCCCCCUCAUAGGCCACUAUUUGUCCUGCAUGACGGCAAUCCUGAAGCAAAUGGAUGACAUGCAUUAUGCCCAUUAUAUUGGCACCUUUAAGACAAGACAGGAUAUCAUUGACUUUCUCAUGGAGACAUUCAUCAUGUUCAAGGACCUCAUGGGGAAGGUAUUCCCUGCUGACUGGAUGAUUAUGAACCUGGUGCAGAUGCAAGUCUUCCUGAGAGCCAUAAUCCAGUAUUCUGAUGUCCUCAACAUGUAUUUCUUAGACCAAGCACAUUUUGAACUACAGCUGUGGAAUAGUUACUUUCAUUUGACCGUGGCAUUCCUCACCCAUAAGACACUGCAGCUUGAGUCCUUCUCUCAAGAGAAACGCAACAAGAUACUAAACAAAUAUGGUGAUAUGAGGAAGACCAUUGGCUUUAAGAUCAGAGAUAUGUGGUACAAUCUUGGCCCCCAUAAAAUGAAGUUCAUCCCAUCCAUGGUCGGACCUAUUUUGGAGGUCACCCUGGUGGCUGAGCCAGAGCUGAGGAAGGCCACAAUUCCCAUCUUUUUCGAUAUGAUGCAGUGUGAGCACAAUUUCAGCCCCGGGCACACAUUUGAAAUGUUUGAAAAUGAACUGAUAACAAGACUGGAUCAAGAGGUUGAAGGAGGUCGAGGAGAUGAGCAGUACAAAGUCCUACUGGAGAAAACGUUACUGGAGCACUGCAGACGCCAUAGAUACCUGUCCCAGUCAGGUGAAGAGCUGGCGCUUCUGCUGAGCAGCCUGCUGGAGAAUCUCCUGGCAUAUCGCACCAUCACACAUGAUGAAAGUCCUGAGCAUCGCAUGAGCUGCACUGUCAAUGUGCUGAAUUUCUACAAGGAAAAAAAGAGGGAAGACAUUUAUAUCCGGUACUUGUACAAGCUGCGGGAUUUACACCUGGACUGUGAAAAUUACACAGAGGCCUCAUAUACUCUCCUGUUACAUGCUGAAUUACUUGAGUGGUCUGACAAAACAUGUGCACCUCAUUUAAUUCCUCGAGACGGGAAACAUGUGUGGACACAACAGGAGUUGAAAGAAAGACUCUUCCAGGAGAUCAUAUGUUAUUUGGACAAAGGCAAGAUGUGGGAGAAGGCUAUUGAACUCGGCAAGGAACUGGCCAAGAUGCACGAGAGCCACAUGUUUGACUUCAUGGAGCUCAGCCAGCUGCUGAAAAAACAAGCAGAGUUCUAUGAAAAAAUAAUGCAUGCCAUGCGACCACAGCCAGAGUACUUUGCUGUUGGAUACUACGGCCUUGGAUUCCCUUCUUUCCUCAGGAACAAGAUGUUCAUCUACAGGGGCAAAGAGUAUGAGUGGCUCGAAGACUUCAGUUUAAAGCUGCUCUCUCAGUUCCCAAAUGCUGUUCGCAUGACCAGCACAGCGCCCCCUGGAGACAACAUCAGCAACUCUCCUGGACAGUACAUCCAGUGUUUUACUGUCAAGCCAGUGCUCGUCGUACCAGACCAGUUUAAAGACAAGGGUGUUCCAGAGCAGAUAUUAAAUUAUUACCGAACCAAUGAAGUGGACCAAUUCCAGUAUUCUCGGCCCUUCAGAAAAGGUGAAAAGGAUCCAGACAAUGAGUUUGCAACCAUGUGGAUUGAAAGAACCACUUAUUUAACUGCCUACCGCUUCCCUGGGAUUCUGAAAUGGUUUGAAGUCAAAUCUGUCUCCGUGGAGGAAAUCAGUCCUUUGGAGAAUGCCAUAGGGACCAUGGAGAUGGCCAAUGAAAAGCUGAGUAACCUGGUGCAGCAGCAAGCCUGUGAUCGCUCAUUGUCCAUCAACCCACUCUCCAUGAUGCUCAGUGGCAUCGUUGAUCCGGCAGUCAUGGGUGGCUUCUCCAAUUAUGAGAAGGCCUUCUUUACCGACACCUACAUUCACGAACACCCAGAAGACCAUGAGCGUAUUGAGGUCCUGAAGCAGCUCAUUGCUCUGCAGAUCCCUGUCCUGGCAGAUGGCAUUCGCAUCCAUGGGGAGAAAACGACAGAGCAGCUGAAGCCCUUACACAACCGCCUGGUUACUUGCUUCCAGGACCUUCGGGAGAAAGUGGAGAAGCAUUACGGCGUCAUAACUUUGCCCUGCUCUCUCACAGAGAGAAAAAAGAGUCGCGUGGGCUCCGUGGUGAUGCCCUACAUCCUGUCCUCCACGCUGCGCCGCAUGUCCACCGUCUCAACCCUCUCCAAUGCCUCCUCGGCCCUUUCCAGCGGCUCUAUAUCCUCCGACGGACCUUCAGGCAUUUCCUCCCAAGAUUCCUUGUUGUCCCGCCCCAGCGAUCGCCGGACCUCAGUGUUGUCCCGCUCAGAGGAGGACAACAGGAUUGCGAGAAAGAACAGGAAGGAGUGGAGUGUGAGCAAGUCUCAGGUCCUGCUGGAGAGACAGUCGGAUGCAGAUGAGAGUCCUGCGGAGAAGCAGCAGCGACCCAAGAGUUUACAACUGGGCGACAGACGACUGACGCUUUCCUUGUUCCAGGGUGUCUCGUCCCAGCUCAGCCUGUCCAACCCACUCAGUCCUCUACCUGCCUCUCCUCACACGCCUCUCACACCACGCAGUUCAAGUUUUUCAUCGCUGCUCAGUGACAAUGAUGCCAACAGCAUUGACACCCCAGGGACCCCACCACCAAUGCCUCCAAAGAAACACCCGCAUGAGAUUGACAUCGCUGCCUUCUCUUCAGAGUUCAUUCCUCCGCUGCCAGUGAAAAUUGAUAGCAAGCCUCCACCACCGCCUCCCAAAACCCGGAAGUCCAUGUUCCCCUCAUAUGAGCACAGCCCCCAGUAGGCCCACACAGACCAUCAAGCUGCCGCUUCCUCCAUGCAAUGCUGUGAUAAAGUACAGCUUCAUUUGUGAGACGGUGGGACGGCACAGUUCACAACAGAUGCAGGACCAUCUAAGUGAUGUAUUUACCAUUUUCAGAGGCCUUUUUCACAAUCCUCAAUGAAAGAUCAUGUGGAAUACUAUUUUGGGUGCCGCCAGUUUUUAUGAAAUUGUUCGAUUUGAUGUGUUUCUCGAUCACGGAGAUCAAGCUUGACGCUGCUUAGAGGCAUUCCGUAUUUCAACAGGUAAAAGCUGUAUUACAUACUUACCGUUAAUCAUGAGCAGGGAAAACAAUUCAGAGCUAAGUGUGUGUUGUAGUUUGUGCGUGCAAUUGCGGUGUGGGUGUUAGAGCUAAAACUUUGUUUCAGAGACACUGGAUAGCAUUAUUGAAUGCGAUGCACAUUUAUCGUUCGUUUUUGGUGCGGAUGCUGUAAUUGUUUGCCUUCAAACAGCAUCAUAUUGGUGCUUUUUAUUCUAAGGAAUAGUUUGACAUUUUUUUGGAUGAAAAUGUUCUUUCUUUAAAACAUCAAUACACUACAAAAUAUUUUUAUGGGCCAAGAACUCAAUCUCGCCUGGGCCACUUGGUGUAGCUUAUAGCAUCUGACUGAAAUAUGUGAUUCCUGCUAAUACCAUAUGAAUAUUCCAUUUCAUUUCCAAUUUCAUUUGACAACGUUGAUGGUGCCUACGACAUGCAACCAGAGCUACAGUUGUGCUUGCAAAAAAACCCCCAAAACGUUUGAGCAUCUGAUAUCGAGCUGUGUGUAGUCAUCAUCUUUUUACUCUGCGGUUUUGCAAAGCAAAUGGGCUCCCUGCUGCAUGUACGCCACACGUAAAAUAUCAAACUAUUCCUUUGAAGAAUCCGAAACACUGUAUGGUACAAACACGGAGGCCUUUUGAAGUUCAGAUUUAUCUUCAUGUCUCCAUGGAUUUCCUGGUUUUUCCUGAAAUUAACUUAUUGCUGUUCGUUGUAUUUCAAUAUUUCUGUUGUAUUGCAGAUCCAGUGUGAAAAGAUUUUUUUUCUUUUUUCGCAUAUUAUAUCGCUUCAUAUAUUUCAUCAUGCUAUACAUGUAUUUACCGCCAAAUUGUGUGUGCCUAAACAAUGCCAUGGAAACAAUGAAAGUUGCCAGUAUUUAAAUUUAAAUGUUAGGUUUUUAAAUGGUUUCAAGAGGAUUCGAUUUUUUUCUACUGCACACAGAUUAAUAUACAUUUGAACAAUCGUUUCAUAGAAUGAUUUUAUACGCUCUUGUUGAAUGCAUAACAUUAAAAACUUUCUGCAAACUUUUAAA